AUGGGCCAUAGGAGGCUUCGCCAUUCGCUUCUACAUGAAAGACGUGUUGGGACUGGAUGGUGCUACCAUGGGACGGCUAACCACAGCCGCAGGGCUUCCAUGGAACAUGAAGCCCUUCAUGGGCAUGCUGUCCGAUGGUAUCGCUUUCUGCGGCUACCACCGCCGCCGCCUGGCUUGUGCAUGGCUCUACAGACACAUGAUGUCUGA